CAUUAAACGAAGUGAAAAGUUAAACUAAAACUCACACACUCUCUCUCUUACUAACUACACUCCUCUCAUUUUGUUCAUUCACCUAACUCUCUUAUAAAACCCAAAACUCAACAACCAAAUUCACCAACUAACUCUCUACUCUCUCUUCACUUUCUCUCUCUAGACUUUCCCAUGGACGCUCUUAACUUCUUCAAGUUCUGGAGAAACAACACCCCAACAACAACAACAACCUCAAACAUCACUGUUCCUCAUCUUGUGGUCGAAACCGACACUGAAUCAGACGAAGACGACUCCUUCUUUGAUUUAGAACUCACCAUCAACGAUGACCCACCUCUCAAAACAACUAACAUUACUACCUUCGAAACCGCAGUUAAUGUUGUUCCACAUAAAACAACGGUUCCUCUGUCUCCGAACGAACCCAUUUCCAAAAGAAAAGUGCUUCCAAUUGAACCUACUACGAAACCUCAAUCACCUAUUUCUCUUCUGAAAUCAGCACCGAGUUUCAGAAUCUUUACAUUCAGAAAACAAAGAACGCCUUCUGAAAAAACAGAACACGAACAGACACAGAAGAAACAAACCAAAGUCUUUGCUGUGAAAGUUAACACGGAGGAUUUUCAUUCUACUCCUUCUCUUAGCAGAGACAACAGCACGAGAAGCUUUGCAAGCAAAGCUCGGAAUCAAGGAACUGAAGAACCCAAAACAGAACGCGUUUCGAAAGAGAUUUUGCUGAGAUAUUUGAAGUUGAUUAAGCCUUUGUAUGUUAAGGUUUCGAAAAGGUACAGUGAGAAGGUGAAAUUUCCCGGCGAUCGGGUGACUGUGAUGGCUUCUCCGUCGUCUUCACCGGUUGUUCAGACUAUUUUUAUACAUGAAGUUUUACACUCCUCUCAUUUUGUUCAUUCACCUAACUCUCUUAUAAAACCCAAAACUCAACAACCAAAUUCACCAACUAACUCUCUACUCUCUCUUCACUUUCUCUCUCUAGACUUUCCCAUGGACGCUCUUAACUUCUUCAAGUUCUGGAGAAACAACACCCCAACAACAACAACAACCUCAAACAUCACUGUUCCUCAUCUUGUGGUCGAAACCGACACUGAAUCAGACGAAGACGACUCCUUCUUUGAUUUAGAACUCACCAUCAACGACGACCCACCACUCAAAACAACAAACAUUACGACCUACGAAACCGCUGUUAAUGUUGUUCCACAUAAAACAAAGGUUCCUCUGUCUUCAAACGAACCCAUUUCCAAAAGAAAAGUGCUUCCGAUUGAGCCAAUAACAAAACCUCAAUCACCCAUUUCGCUUCUGAAAUCAGCACCGAGUUUCAGAAUCUUUACAUUCAGAAAACAAAGAACGGCUUCUGAAAAAACAGAACAUGAAGAGACUCAGAAGAAACAAGCCAAAGUCUUUGCUGUGAAAGUUAACAUGGAGGAUUUGCAUUCUACUCCAUCUCUUAGCAGAGACAACAGCACGAGAAGCUUUGCGAGCAAAGCUCGGAGUCAAGGAACAGAUGAACCCAAAACAGAACGUGUUUCGAAAGAGAUUUUGCUGAGAUAUUUGAAGUUGAUUAAGCCUUUGUAUGUUAAGGUUUCGAAGCGGUACAGUGAGAAGGUGAAAUUUCCCGGCGAUCGGGUGACUGUGAUGGGUUCUCCGUCGUCUUCACCGGUUGUUCAGAAACAGGGGAAUUUUCCGGCGGGGAUGAGGGUGGUUUCUAAGCAUUUUGGUAAGAGUAGGUCGUCGGGUACGGUUGUCGGAGUUGGUUCUCCGGCGAAGAGGAGUGAUGAUACGCUGCUGCAGCAACAUGAUGGAAUCCAAAGUGCUAUUCUUCACUGCAAAAAAUCGUUUAACUCCAGAGAUUGUUCAAUGGGUGUUGCUGAGGAUAAAUCAAUGUGUUCAACGAGAUCUUCUUUUGAAGAUGAAGUGUGAAGAAAAAGUGCAAGAAACUAGGAGUUGAUAGAAGAGAAAUGAAAAUGUUUUGAUUUUGUAAAGGAAAUGAAAUUAGAAUAGGAGUGAUGAUUAGUGUGAUAUGUACAUUGAUGGGCCAUAAUGAAAAGAAUCUAAUAUUUCUCUGAA